GAAUUCUGAAAAUGUUCUAGAGGGCAUUGCGAGAUUGCUUUGACAGGCCGGAUGAGACGAUGAUAUGAACAUUUAUGAACGCUGGAUGAUGGAAUAGUUGAAAGUGAAACAUGAGUGCUUUCAAUAAACCCCACGACGGGUCAAGACGAAAUAUUCUGAGUCGAACCCCAAGCGAACAUCACAUGGUAGCCAAGGCUUCUGGAGGAAUAGCUCAGCUUUUCAAAGAGAUCACAACUCAUACUCUCCCUGUUUUACAACACUAUGGUUGCUACACAGACGUUUAUGGUUGUUUUGAUGUGAAUGAUGGACAGUGCAUUCUGGCCCUCCGGUACAGGUUUGUGGAAGUGCUAGGGACAGGGCAGUCAGCUGUGGUCAUCAGGGCACAGGACAUGUUUAAUGGUAACAAGGCUGUGGCGAUUAAGAUCCUGCACUCACACUUCUACCGGUUGGGUUACCAGGAGACUGACUGUUGUCUCAGGCUGAGGGCAGCUGACCCAUUUGGUGUCUCACAUGUGUGCAGGUUACUGAAUACAUUUUCGUUUGAUGACCAUUACUGCAUGGUGUUUGAGUUGAUGUGUGAACCCAACUGGGUGGAGCUCUUCUACCCUGAUGACACAUCAGCACCCUCAGAGGAAAUCUACUCCAAAAUUCGCCAAGUAGCUGUGCGACUGCUCAUGGUUCUCGGCUUCCUUCGUCAACAGAAUGUCAUCCAUGCUGACCUGAAACCAGACAACCUACUUCUUAAAACAAAAGGUGACCUAAACUCCCUGCACGUGGCAGAUUUUGGAAACGCCAUUCACUGCGUGUAUGAUGAAGUUUCCCUAUACUAUGAAGACUUUGAUCUCCAGACUCUACUGUACAGGGCACCAGAGGUGAUGUUUGGUUUACAGUUUGGUCAGGAGAUAGGCCUGUGGUCUGUGGGUUGUAAUCUGGUUGUUGCAGGUGAUGUUUCGUUUACAGUUUUGUCAGGAGACAGGCCUGUGGACUGUGGGUUGUACACUGUGAUGUUUGGUUUACAGUUUGGUCAGGAGAUAGACCUGUGGUCUGUGGGUUGUACACUGUACUGUAUGUGCUGGUUUGUGUUGCAGGGAAUGUUUGGUUUACAGUUUGGUCAGGAGAUAGACCUGUGGUCUGUGAUGUUUGGUUUACAGUUUGGUCAGGAGAUAGACCUGUGGUCUGUGAUGUUUGGUUUACAGUUUGGUCAGGAGAUAGACCUGUGGUCUGUGAUGUUUGGUUUACAGUUUGGUCAGGAGAUAGACCUGUGGUCUGUGAUGUUUGGUUUACAGUUUGGUCAGGAGAUAGACCUGUGGUCUGUGGGUUGUAUACUGGCAGAGCUCUUCCUGGGCAGACCACUGUUCUACGGUGCAACCAAAGAGGAAGUCCUGCAGAAGAUGGUACAUUUACUGGGACCUGUGCCUAGGUCUCUGGUACAGAGAGGGAAGUUCUACUCCAGUCUGGACAUGUUCACCUUCUCAGGCCUGCAGCCCGAUGCCACAAAUGACCUGAGAUUACUCUUGAAAACUGGUAAAAUACAAAAGUGCACCAAUUAUGCCUUUGCCAGUUUCCUCUCUCAGAUUCUUCGCUACGAUCCGGAUGAGCGCUUGUCCCCAUGCGAAGCUGCUUGUCAUCCGUUCCUGGCCCAGGAAAUGAGCCUAGCCUACCUGAUAUCAACCUCUUCCCACAAUGCACCUUCAGAUGAAAAGUGUGGUUAUCCUUCAGUCUUAGUUUCUAAGAAAUCCUAUUCCUACAAGCCACAUAUUGAUAAAGACAUUCUUAGGGGUCACCCAUCCAGCUUGGACCUACUUUAUAUGGGCACAUCUUUACCUGGGCGUGGAGACAGUGGUGGGAAGAAACGUCGUGUUGCAAAGGUUCCACCUUUAGGGUUCCAGGCCUGUCAGAUCAGUACGACCAAAUCAGCAGACUCAAGAUCAGGUGACGCUAAUCCCAGAGUUCGGGAUGGUCCAUCAGACUCGACAUCAGGAGAAGCUAGUCCCAGAGUUCAGGAUGGUCCAUCAGACUCGACAUCAGGAGAAGCUAGUCCCAGAGUUCAGGAUGGUCCAUCAGACUCGACAUCAGGAGAAGCUAGUCCCAGAGUUCGGGAUGGUCCAUCAGACUCAACAUCAGGAGAAGCUAGUCCCAGAGUUCAAGAUCGUCCAGCUGGUGCUAAAGAUAGACAGUGUCCAGUUAAAGUUGAUGGACGCAAAGCCCAGGCCAGAACUACUAAAAGCGCUAAGAGGCAGAAAAGAUUUGAAUCUUCAGGGAAAAUGACUUCAUGUGAAGUAAAAGUUAAGAAAUCCUGUUAUGCGAAAGAACAAGUUUCUAUAAAGUAUACUUAUGAACCUACACAAUCUUCUUCCUUCCUCACAGAGGAGACGGGUAAAUCUAGGAAAAGGAUUGGAACAAAGGAGACGGGUAAAUCCAGCAAAAGGAUAGGAACAAAUAUACAGCCUGCCAGGAGGCCGGUAUUAGAGCAUCCUCGUAACACUACCAGGAAACAACUAGCAUACAAUCAGCCAGGACCAGUGUCCUCUCCAGUUACCUCACAACCACUGCCAUGCUCCUCUCCAGUUACCUCACAACCACUGCCAUGCUCCUCUCCAGUUACCUCACAGCCACUGCCAUGCUUCUCCCCAGUUACCUCACAACCACUGCCAUGCUCCUCAGUUGCUCUGAAAUCUGAACCUGUCCAAGCACUUGUCAUAAAUGGUAGUUCAAAUUCAUACUCCUCAUGCAGUGAUGGACAGCCAGCUAGUUGCAAAAGCAAGUCCAAGGCAAGAAUCAUCUAUUGGGGAAAGAAGAAACAUUCAGAAAAAUUUGGUAGAAUUGCUGCUAAAUUGGUAACAUUAACACCAGAAAAGGCAACUGUUAACCAUUGUGUGAAGAAAUUUAGUUCUGAAGUGAGAACGUCCUCAUUUAACAGUCGUGUAAAACAGGAAGUAAUUCAAAGUCCAGAUAAACCACAAAGAAGCACCUGUGAACUUGAGAAUGCAAAACAAUCAUGUGACACCUUCAGUGUCAAAUCUACAUCUGCCAAGACAGGAAAGCAUGAUCAAACCUUGCACAGAGAAUGGUCUGACCUAGAGAGAACUGCAUUGCACAAGCCUGAAGGUGAUCCACAGUACCAUGGUUGUCAGAGUGACACAGAUUUGUCAAGGCAUUCACAGAGACUUGGGAAGUCUUCAGCUGUUAAAUAUUUAGGUGUCUCACUACAAAGAGAGGCUCAGAGGUUGAAGAUCGUACAGAGGUCAGCAGUCAGAGGUGAAGGUGAAAAUGGCAGAGGUCAGAUUCAGACAGCAGUGGGGGACGAGGCUGGGCCAAGUAGUCCAUUGUCAGAUGACAGUGACGAGGAAGUGUUAUUAGUGAAAUACUAAACAUUUGAAUGGCUGAACUCAAACCUGAACACUGGAAACGUGAAGAUGUAUUGGCAUUGUGCCUCGCUUCUAUGCAUGUUUAUUUCAUAGUGUGCAGGGUGAGCAAAAUAAAUGCAUUGUAAAGAUUAUAGCAAUAAUUAUGUAUAAAAUGUGCCCGGAGAGUUUUUGCACAGGGAUGGUUACAGGGUCCAGUUUUUGAUCGCAGAUGGUUACUCACUGCUCUGUAUAAACAUGUAGAAUGCCGAACAUGGAAAACUUUUUAUUUCUAUAAAUGCACAAAUGUUAUUAUUUUAGAUAGCUCUGUGACUCAGGCAGCAUUCAAACAGAAUAUGUUUAAUUUGAAGGGUUUAAUAUAGGAAUGGUAGUUUCCUAAAUUUUAAGCACAGAUGUGUACAAUUUUAGGUGUAGUUUUCCUCAGCCAGGUGUAUUGGUGAUUGCUGACUCCUCAGCUUGCUCAGUGAUUGUUACUGAUAUUCACAUAUUGGCUCUUUGUGUACCCAUGGUGGUGUUGUUAAUGAUUUGAUGAACUUUAAGAUUUUUUCUAUUAGCAUUUCUCCAGAAUUCUUAACUUAUUGUUAAAUUUGUCUUUUAAAUGUAACAAAUGGUGUAACUGUUUUUGCUAUUUUUAACGAGCUGCUUAAAGGGUUUUAGUUUGGAUAUUUGUUUCCUGGAAGUAUGAAACUUUUGUGAAUCAUCAGUCAUGACAGAACUGUACUGACUCAUGACAGAACUGUACUGAGUCAUGAUAGAACUGCACAGAGUCAUGACUGAACUGCACUGAAUCAUGACAGAACUGCAGAAACCACACUGACUUUAGUCAAGCCAAUUAUCUUCCACAGAAAACAAAAAGAAGUAUUGAUGUACACAAUAGCAAUGUGUUUAGUUCCUUUAUACCCAAGAUAAAUGUCUUUUUAAAGUUUUUUGUAAAAAACGUUUUAAAUGAAAUUGAGAUCUCAGAUUGUCCAGAUAGGGAUUACGAUCGUUGAGUGCUCUUGACUUGGUUUUCUAAAUGUAUCUCUGUUCUGUAAGACUUACAGCUACCUGCCAGUUUCAGUGAGGAAGGAAAAUCAAACAUGGCCAAUUUAACCUUGUAAUUUUCAAGUGUAAGUUGAGUAAAGCGCCAUUUUGUUAGGACAAAACCCUUUACACCAUUUCUGUCCUCCAAGUACUUAGCAGCUAGAAAUAAAAUCAGGAAAUAUGUUCAGUGUUAUC